CCGCUAGAUGACAGCCCCAUCUAGCCUAUGAGUCACUUUCAAGCCUCGCCAAUACUCCCAGUGAGCAAUGAACAUAUCAUAAGGAUGUAGAUAGACUGUCCCUUCCUGUUUUACAGCCACCGUAGCUCAGCGGAGCAGAAAGUCGGCCGCUCCGAGGGCGAACAUGUCGGAAUCCGACUCGCAGGGCUCGUCCCCCACGCGGACGCGCUUUUACUAGCGUGUGUGGCGCUCCCUGCUAAAGCUUUAGCGGGCCUGCUCAUUGCCAUUCCGUUCCAGUCUGCCAAUGCUCGCCCUCCUCUCGGUCUCAUGGCGGAGACCAAAAUCAUUUAUCACAUAGACGAGGAGGAGACUCCCUAUUUGGUUAAACUGUCCGUUUCUCCGGACAAAGUCACCUUAGCCGAUUUCAAAAAUGUCCUCAACAAUCGACCCGUCCACAGCUACAAAUUCUUCUUCAAAUCGAUGGACCAGGAUUUCGGGGUUGUCAAAGAAGAGAUUUCUGAUGACAAUGCCAAGCUGCCUUGCUUCAACGGCAGAGUUGUGUCCUGGUUGGUGCUUGCAGAGAACACUCACUCUGAUGGAGGAUCGCAGUGCACAGAGAGCCAUCCGGAUCUGCCCCCACCCCUCGAAAGAACAGGCGGCAUUGGUGACUCGCGGCCCCCUUCCUUCCACGCCAAUGCGGUGAGCAGUCGUGACGGCCUGGAUACUGAAACGGGCACGGAGUCGCUCCUCAGCCACCGACGUGAGCGUGAAAGGGAGCGUGCGCGGAGGAGAGCUCGAGAAAACGAGCUCCCUCGCAUCAAUGGCCACUCAAAAUCUGAGCGCACUGCAAGGGACUCGGCCAUGGGUUACGACAGCGCCUCUGUGAUGAGCAGCGAGCUGGAGUCCAGCUCAUUCGCCGACAGCGACGAAGACGAAGAUGCCAGCAGGCUGAGUAGCUCCACUGAACACAGCACCUCCUCCCAGCUGAUGCGCAGGCACAAGCUUCGCAGGCGGAGGCACAAAGUGGCCAAGAUAGACCGGUCUUCAUCCUUCAGCAGCAUCACCGAUUCCACCAUGAGCCUCAAUAUCAUCACCGUCACACUUAAUAUGGAGAAGUACAACUUUCUGGGAAUCAGUAUUGUGGGUCAAAGCAACGACCGUGGUGACGGUGGAAUCUACAUCGGCUCCAUCAUGAAGGGUGGAGCUGUGGCUGCUGAUGGCAGGAUAGAACCCGGAGACAUGCUCCUGCAGGUGAACGAUGUCAACUUUGAAAACAUGAGCAAUGAUGAUGCUGUGAGGAUCCUGAGAGAGAUCGUUUCCAAAACCGGUCCUAUUAGUCUUACUGUUGCCAAAUGCUGGGACCCAUCUCCCCGAAGCUACUUCACCAUCCCUCGUGCUGAGCCAGUGAGGCCCAUUGAUCCUGCUGCCUGGAUUUCACACACCACUGCCCUGACAGGACCAUUCCCCCACUACGAUUUUGAUGAAUUACCUCUAUCAACGAGUAAAACCGACAUGGCAACCAUUGUCAAGAUUAUGCAGUUACCAGACUCAGGCCUGGAGAUUCGGGACCGGAUGUGGUUGAAGAUCACCAUUGCCAAUGCUGUCAUUGGUGCUGAUGUGGUAGAUUGGCUCUACUCCCGGGUGGAGGGCUUCAAAGAUCGGCGGGAUGCUAGGAAGUAUGCCAGCAGCUUGCUGAAACAUGGCUACCUGAGACACACUGUCAACAAGAUCACCUUCUCUGAACAGUGUUACUACACUUUUGGGGACCUCUGCCAAAACAUGGCGUCUCUUAAUUUAAACGAGGCAUCUAGCGGAGGUGGGUCUGAGCAGGACGCUUUGGCGCCGCUCCCUCCUGCUGCCAACCCAUGGCCCAUGGGGGGGCAACCAUUCCCCUACCCCCCCUUCCCUUCAGCGCCCCCCUGCUUCCCACCGGGAUACUCGGACCCGUGCCACAGUUUCCACAGCGGGAGCGCAGGCAGCCAGCACAGUGAGGGAAGCCGUAGCAGUGGAUCCAACCCCAGUGCAGGCAAGGGGAGACGUUCCUCCCCGCAGGAGAAGACCCACAAGUCGACAUGCAGCGAGUCGGAGGCAGGCAUGCGCGGGGGUAAGCGCAUCGAUAGGUGCGCCAGUCAGAUGAGUCAUCGCAGCCACGCCCGAUCGAGUCACAGCCAGUCACACAGGAGCCACCAGGCCCCCUUCAACUACAGCCAAGCGCCCUUCUCCCAGCACGGGCCAGGCUCGUGCGCCCGCAGCGAGCGAAGCCACGCGUCAUCUUACGGGCCCCCCGGCCUUCCUCCACCUUACUGUCUGGCCCGCUUGGCUCCCAAGGCUUCGGUCAGCAGUGGCACACCACCAGGAGCGCCACCCGGGAGAGAAUUGGCCGCUUUCCCCCCCGAGCUCACCGCCAGCCGCCAAUCCUUCCAGCACGCUAUGGGCAAUCCCUGCGAGUUUUUUGUUGACAUAAUGUGACGGAAGAGUGCCUUUGGCCUACCACUGCUUCCGGCUUUCUCCUGACGGGCAAUUCUGUGGCUGCAGAUUGGAUGUGAAGUGUACAGUUUGUGAAGUGAUGUUCAAUGUGGUGAUUCUAAUCUCUCAAGCAGCCAUCUAAGGUGUUUAUCUGCUCUGUCUCAGAUAUUCUCCUCCGCAAGAACAUUAACUGGCUGGGCCUGGAUAUCAAUCCCCAGACCGUCAACAUCUCGCACUAACUGGACUCAAGUGAGUCAUACUGGUACACGUUGGCUGCCAAAUUUUGACUGGUUGUCCUAUUCUGUAGCAGUACCACAGUUUUUUUUGUUUUUAUCUAAACUGCGGUCAGAGGGUUUCUUCAUCUUAAUUUGAAGGAGGCGAGACAAUGCAUGACUUUCAAGUGCGUUUGGUUUCAAGUAUGAUCUUUAUAUGGGCCAAUGUCCAAAAGGAACAAUCCGUACACUGGAGUAUGUUUGUGUUGUUAUUUAUGUGGUUGCGUUGCAUUGGUGGUGCCAAACGUUUGUCCAUUUUGACUGACUGACAAUCAUAUAUUGGCCGUCUGUCAAUCAGCGGCCAGUCUCUACAGUCGUUGCCGUGCUUCGUCGAAUGUAUCGUUGUCAGCGUCAAGAAAGUUGACCGUUAAUUUGGUUUUCAGUGAGAUUGCAGACAGUGGACAAGGAGGAGCAUUCUAAUCAUUUUUUUCCUCCUGGCAAAGUAAUUUGGAAACUGAUGUUUCCAAUCAGAAGGCUGUCAAGCAGAGAUCAAAUGCAAACACUUUGGAGGGAAAAUGGAAACGAAUCUUUUCAGUGACAGCACUUUUAAAAUGGCAAUUAGUCUUUAGAUUUAAACUGAUCAAAUGGGCUCUUUAUUUAUUUAUUUUUGGCAGCACUUCCCGUCUUAUUGACUCACAGCCUGCAUUAGGAAUCAACAUGUGCCAUAUUUAUGGUUGACUGCAUUAGCGUAGCUAUGAUAUUUUUGUCACAUCCAACCCUACUUUAUGAAAAAAUCACUAGACGAAGCCAAAACCCCUUAUGUUCGAUCAGUUGACAACGAGAUGACUUCCCAAUUAUCCAGACCUCUUUCCCCCAGAAUAGAAAAGUUUAAUGAGCACUUUUUCUAGUAGUCUCUCCUCACGUUGGUAUGAAACACUGUUUGCAAUCAGUUUUCUCUUGAAUUGUCUUUCUUUACAAAAGAAAAGUUAAUUGUACAUAGAAAUUUAUUAUAUAUGAUUAAAAAUCUCUAUGUUGAAAGGU